AUGGAUGAAUUUGGAGAAACGAAGAAGAAGGUGGAUGUGGGUGUAAUUCUUGAUCUAAAUUCACUGGUUGGAUCAGUGGCGAACGCAUGCAUUCCCAUGGCCAUCUCAGACUUCUAUGCUGCUCAUCCUUUCAGGACCAGAUUGUCUCUGCACGUUAGGAGCUCCGAUGAUGUUCUUGCUGCUGCUUUACAGCAACGAGUCCCUCACUCCACAACCCAGAACCCUUUCUUCGUUCGAACAGCCUUAGACGAUAGCUCGCAAGCGAAAGCCAUCGCCGCCAUCAUUCAUGCGUAUGAAUGGCACGAAGUAGUCCUCCUCUACGAAAACACCGAAUACGGAAGCGGUUUAAUCCCCUACCUGUCAGACGAGUUUCAACGGUUCGACAUACGUGUGAGUUCGAGGUUUUCCGUCUCCACAAACUACAGUAACUUGACCAUCUUAAAGAUGCUCAACAACGUAAUGGCGAUGCAGACGAGAGUUAUUGUGGUACAUAUGACAUCUUCGUUAGGGUCCAAACUCUUUUUCCUUGCAAAAGAAGCAACCAUGAUUAGUGAAGGAUAUGUUUGGAUCAUUACAGAUGGACUAUCGAGUUUGUUGGAUCCGAUGGGAGCCGAAAUCAUCGGUUCGAUGCAAGGUGUGUUGGGAAUAAGGCCAUACAUACCACAGUCUAAACGCCUGGAGAAGUUUAAAAAGAAAUGGAAACGUGGGAUUCACUCUAGUUCGACCAAACUAAACAUUUAUGGGUAUUGGGCAUAUGAUACCGUUUGGGCACUAGCUAAGUCUGUCGAAAUGGUUCCACAUAAGAGUUCCGGUGUUACGAGACGAAGUAACCGGAGAAAUGCAAGUCAGAUUCCUGAAAUAAGAGUUUCUGCAAUAGGUCGGUCGAUCCGAAAUGAGAUAGUGAAAAAGAAAUUUAAAGGUCUCAGUGGAGAUUUCAGUUUGGUUAGGGGACAGUUGCAGUCUUCAGCUUUUGAAAUCAUCAACGUGGUAGAUAAAAUGGAAAAAGUUAUAGGGUAUUGGACCGUUGAGAAUGGAUUGACAGCAGAACUAGGCAAACCUGUGAAGGCAACAUAUUCGACCUCAUAUCAUGAACUUAAACCACCUAUCUGGCCGGGAAACACGAAAGCUAAGCCCAGAGGUUGGACGAUACCGGUUGUUGGUAAGAAAUUAAGGAUUGGGGUCCCUGUGAAACCUGGCUUUGAUGCAUAUUUGAAAGUGAAUCGCGACCCUUACACUGAUGAGUUCAUCGUAACGGGGUUCUCUUAUGAUGUGUUCAAGGAGGCAUUAGCGCUUUUACCUUUUGCAGUCCCGCUUGAGCCGAUACCUUUUCCCAUUGGUAAUGACACAGGUUCAGGAACAUACAACGAGCUUCUAUACGACGUCAAACUUCAGUGGGAGAUAUAA